AUGACGGUUGAAGAAAGCGAGCGCAGUCGUAAUUGGGAUUUGAAAAGGAAAAGAAUCGGGUUGGCGAUCACGCAGAGACAGAGUUGGUAUAUGCGACGAGAAGAGAGAGUGAACGAGAGAGAUGGGAGUGAGAAGGGUGAAGUUGAAGUUACGCCACAAAGCGGGCAGAGAGCUCCCAAUUUGGAAUCAACUGGCCAGCUGGAAUGGGCAGGCGGUGAGUGA